AUGCAGGCACGUAUAGUGUAACUAUGCGCAUAAAACGGUGGGAUGCACGAAACUGAAGAAUGUGUAUCCACCCGCAGAUUAUUAAAUAUCUCGUAAGAUUAAUCAAUUAAAAUCGAGAAAACCAGCUAAUCGGUGUAUAUAGUAAUCCGGUUUUAUUAACCAAAACCUAAGCAAGUUGGUGAGAAAUAAGCAUGCUCACGUCUCCUACCAUGUUUCUUCUCAGAUUUUACAACCAUUAGUUAAUAAGCGUGAAUUGACUAGCUAGCUCUAUACAGAUGAAUAAAUUUUUAAUUACAAGAUUGAUAAAAUCAAUUGAAAGUUAAAUCCGUGACAGCAGCCAGUGUGGACGUAGCUGGCGUAUAGAUGGAAGUCAAAGAUAUGGUAUAUCAUGGAGUUCAUUUGAAAGAUGAUUAUAAGAAGAAGAAAAUAAUUAAAUAACUGAGCGUUAAUAUAUUAAAUUAAAUCAUCUUGUAAGGGAGGGUUUCUUGCUAGUUGCUAGAAUGCUAGUACUGAUUCUUUUUUAUAGAAUCAUGAGACUUUAUGAACCUUGGCGAUUGAAGAAAGAUACGACGAAUCAAAAGGUGUAGAGAGGGCGAGCAUUCCUCUGUUAAAGGAUCAACAUCAAUCUGAGGAUGACGGAUAUAUAUUAGUUGAGACUAAGAAGCUAUGGCGUAUCGUUGGACCAGCCAUAUUCACCAGAAUCUCGACCAACUUGAUCCUCGUCAACACUCAGGUCUUUGCCGGCCACCUCGAAACGUUAGAAGAUCAUGGAACCUGUGGUGUUGUGGGACAAACACAUUCUCAAAGAAACGAGAUGUUAAGGAAGAUACAUUCUCAAAGGAAACCCUGCGAUCCGCUAAAAGAAACACACAAGAGAUGAGUUGUGGUCCUUAGUUUGAAGGGGAGAACGUGAGAUGCAAUCUAAGUCUCACAUUGGAUAUUAGACAAAGAAAAGUUUAAUAUAUAAAGAGAAGUCAAACUUUAAUUAGUACGAGGCCUUUUGGAAUGGAAACCAAAAAGUAAAUCCAUAAGGGCUUAUCAUUAAGAUCCAAAAUGGACAAUUUCGUACUAAUCGGAUAAAAUAUAUUUGGACAUGGCUUUCACAAGCCCAACAAUCUCCAUCGUCAGCAACAUCAUCAUCGGCUUCAACGUCGCCUCCUCGUAUAUACACACACACGCUUAUAAGAAACAUAUUUGGAUUAUCUUUUAAUGUUUCACACUUCUAUAUAAAGAAACUAUUUGUUCUUUUAAAUGCAGCUUGGAAUGGCGAGUGCGUUGCAAACGUUAUGCGGUCAAGCGUUUGGAGCGAAAAAAUAUGACUUGUUAGGAGUGUAUUUGCAAAGAUCUUGGGUUGUUCUCUUCUUAUUCUCCAUCUUGCUCCUCCCGAUGUACUUCUUUGCAACUCCCAUUCUUAAGUACUUUGGCCAGCCUGACGACAUCGCCGAGCUCUCCGGUACUAUCGCCGUUUGGGCCAUUCCUAUGCAUUUCGCAUUUGCCUUCGUUUUCCCUCUCAACCGAUUCCUCCAAUGCCAGCUCAAGAAUAAGGUGACAGCAAUAUCAUCUGGAGUAGCACUUGUAGUUCACAUAUCUGUGUCCUGGCUUUUUGUGUACGUUCUUAAACUUGGAGUCAUAGGGACCAUUGCUACUGUCAGCGUGUCAUGGUGGCUCAAUGUCAUCUUGUUAUUUACUUACACCACUUGCGGCGGUUGUCCGCUCACGUGGACCGGUUUCUCCAUGGAAGCUUUCGCCGGGCUUUGGGAGUUCGCUCAUCUCUCUGCCUCCUCCGGAAUCAUGCUUUGCUUAGAGACUUGGUAUUAUAAAAUUCUAAUUUUGAUGACUGGAAACCUGGAGGAUACAAAAAUUGCUAUCGACUCCCUCUCUAUAUGCAUGCUGAUAAAUGGACUGGAGCUGAUGAUUUCAACUGCUUUCCUCACCGGGACCGGUGUACGAGUGGCCAAUGAGUUAGGAGCAGGCAAUGGAAAAGGAGCAAGAUUUGCAAUGAUCAUAUCAGUGACUCAAUCGUUAAUCAUCGGAAUAAUAUUUUCGGUGAUUGUUGUAUUUUUUCAUGAUCAAAUUGGUUGGAUAUUCUCUUCAAGUGAAACUGUCAUUAAAGCAGUCAAGAACCUCUCUAUUCUUCUAGCCUUUACGAUUCUUCUCAACAGUGUUCAACCGGUUCUUUCUGGUGUCGCUGUUGGUUCUGGAUGGCAAUCAUUUGUAGCAUAUAUAAAUUUGGGAUGCUAUUAUUUCAUUGGACUUCCACUUGGAGUUGUCAUGGGCUGGAUUUACAAGCGCAAGUUUUUAUAUAGUAAAUCUAUACUAUUAAAAAGGAAGCAUUCUGAAAAAAUCUACUUAUACAAGGUUAAUGCACCAACUCAUUAACUAUUAGUUAUUGUUGGUGUUACUUUUAUUUUCUCUAACAAUACAACUAUUUA